AACAAGAAAGAACAGAACAGACCACUCAGUAAACAAAACUGAAAUGUCAGUAUUUUGAUUUCUUCUUCUAGCUUUAGUGAAAAGAUGUGUGUGAUUGACAGAACCACAAACAAGAAUUCUACAGAAGUUCAACCUGUACUAGGACUGGUCUUGGGUAGCAUCUCAUUGAUCACAGUUGUCAUGAAUAUUUUGGUCCUAUAUGCAAUGAAAACAGAGAAGAAGCUGCAGACAGUUGGCAAUCUUUAUAUUAUCAGCCUUUCAUGUGCAGAUGUUAUAGUUGGUGCAGCUGUCAUGCCACUAAACAUUGUGUAUUUGUUGAAGGAUAAGUGGAUAUGGCCUCGAAAAGCUUGUCUGUUUUGGCUGUCCGUGGAUUAUGUGGCUAGCACAGCCUCCAUAUUCAGUCUCUUCAUACUUUGCAUAGAUCGUUACCGUUCUGUUCAGCAGCCUCUAAAAUAUCUCAAGUACCGGACCAAAACUAGAGCAUCUAUUAUGAUAUCAAUAGCUUGGCUGUUCUCUUUUAUGUGGGUAAUCCCAAUUCUUGGCUGGCGUAAGUUUGAUAAUGUUAACAAUGCAACUGAUGAUGAACACAUAUGUGAAACAGAUUUUUGCAAAAUCAGAUGGUUUAAGGUUUUGACAGCUAUGAUCAACUUUUAUGUCCCAUCAUUGCUGAUGCUAUGGUUCUAUGCAAAAAUAUACAAGGCUGUCCGGAGGCAUUAUCAGCAUAGACAGCACAUAAAUGGGUCUUUUAGAAUGCCCUCAGAAAGAACAGGUGUGCACAAUGGAAAGGUGCAAGAACUGCAACAGAUUUGUUUCCAGGGUUCAGGUAAAUAUAUUGGAUAUGUCCCUAAUGAAAACAACCUUGAUCAGAACAAAAAAAUGGAGGUCAAAUAUCCAGCAAGCAGCUUUGUUAAAAUCCCAAAGGAUUUUCAUAGAGGUAACCAUGAAGUAGUGAAACUUAGCUGCUUUCCGCUAUCCAUUGCACAGAGUGACAUACAAAAAGGCACUACAGACAGGUAUGACUGUGCCAAUAAAAGCACUCAGAAUACAGAGCAUCCUUGCCCCCAAGAGUUAAAUAAAACAUCAGAUGAGAAGACUUUUGCGGGGCAGCCUUCCUGCAGAAAUUAUUCUGAUCCCACUCUGGAGGAAAAUCCUUAUACUAAAGGAUGUUUUCCUCAGUAUACCAACAGAAAAGACACCACAAGUCUCUUAAAAAUGACAUGGGGGAAGGUACGCACUCAUUCCAUGAGCCUUAAUCAAGGGUUACAUAUGAACAGAGACAGAAAGGCAGCCAAACAAUUGGGCUUCAUAAUGGCAGCAUUUAUGCUGUGCUGGAGUCCAUAUUUUGUAUUCUUUAUGGUCAUGGCCUAUUGUGACAGCUGUUACAAUCGUCCUGUUCACAUGUUUACUAUUUGGCUUGGCUAUGUAAAUUCUACAUUAAAUCCAUUUAUAUACCCACUCUGUAAUGAGAACUUCAAAAAGGCUUUCAAAAAGAUAUUUCAUAUUAAAACCUAAAUUCUCUUGGGAGAUAUUGUAUGGGGGGGAAGAGGGAAUCAAGUAUCAUGUUGGAAAGAAAAAUAGACUUUUCAGUAUUACAAAGAAGAAUUGCAAACGAAGCAAAUGAUUUUAGAAAAUUGUUGGGAAAGGAGAAAUUGAAAAGAAAGAAUGAAGCACACACACAAAACAAUUUAAACAAAAUAUUUAAAUUGUAAAUUAUAUUUAAUUACCUGGAUUCCCAUAACCUCAGGUUUCAGCCUCAGGAUUGUUUUUGUUUUGUAAAUAAUGUAUAGGGGUUUUUUGGAUUUCCAGGUUCUAUUAUUUGGAAUAAGACUGGGGCAGAAUGAAGUAU